UAUCUAGAAAUAUAUAUGUGUUCUUGUUGUGCCAAUCAUUAAUUUAGACUGUUUUGUUGCGAGUUGCAGAGUGUUGGAGAUAUAAGCCCUAAAAAUGUCUCCCUUCUCUCGAAUAUAAUGGAACUAGAUGGCACUCGUCCUGUGCAGCUCAAAGCAGCCAGGAAAUCAAUUUGGAACACUUAUCAGCAGUGUCUCUUUCCAGGAAUCAUUUCAAGACUUAGUGUGCAGUUUUCAGAUAGGAACUUUUUUCUUAACACAUUGCCGUUUAGAAGAAAGAGUGCAUCUCCAAAAGGUUGAGGGGCACUCCUGUGCUAGCUAAUGUUACAUCUAAGUCGAGGAGGGCGCAAUUAAUCCUAUCUUAUAUGUUUACAUCCCAUGCUGUCACUAGCAUUCUUACAUAAAACAAAGUGCUUUAAGCAGCUGGUAUCUCCAACUCAUCCCCCCAAAAAUCUGAAUAGAUAAAUAGCACUCCAGCUAAGAGGACAAAUAUGUAUUAUUGAUUUUGGGAUAAAGAUAAAGAUGAAGAAACAGGCAGAAGAUAUCAUUGCAAGAUAGCUGUGUGGGGCCAAUACUGCUGAGUGAGACUGAUCUCUGUUCAUUCUCUUGGCCAGCAGUGUGCCCGCUGUAGGAUCAUGGGCAGGAUGGCAGCGUUUGCCAGUGUGCCAGGGGCAGAGGGCCUAUUGAGAAGCAGUGUGAUGGACACAAUGGGUGCGACAGACUUGCUGCAUCAACAGGCUUUUUGCUGCUGUGGCCAUAAAUAAACCAUAAAUACCCCCACUGGCCUCCACAGAACGCUCGCCAGGCCUCCACACCCACAAACACCCUCACACUGAGACAGACAGGAAAGAAGGAAAACAAAGGGGAAAGACGUGGUGCAGUGAAGCACAAGCAAUCCAGAGACAAAAUGACCGACAAGCAGGGAACCCCAGACCAGCUGCCAGCAGAAAAGGGCCAAGGAGGAGCCGGAGCCACAUAUAAGUUGGAAGUUUUUGAGUUUGAGAACUUUCGGGGAAAGAAGGUGGAGUUGUCUUCAGAAUGUAAAGAUGUGAUGGAGAAGAUGCAGAGGGUCGGCUCAAUCAUCGUGGAGUCUGGACCAUGGGUGGGAUAUGAGCGUCCAGGUUUUACAGGAGAGCAGUUUGUGCUGGAGAAAGGAGAAUAUCCCCGUUGGAGCACCUGGACCAACUGUCUGAACAGCUACAGCCUGAGCUCAUUCAAGCUUCUGAAAGUGGACAGUGCAGAUCAUAAGCUGCACCUGUUUGAGAAUGCAGUGUUUGAAGGUAGAAUGAUGGAGAUUGUUGAUGAUGACGUCCCCAGUAUUUGGGCAUAUGGUUUCCAGGACCGUGUGGCCAGUGCAAAGGCAAUCAAUGGAACGUGGGUGGGAUACAUGUACCCAGGCUACAGAGGGCCCCAGUAUGUGUUUGAACAUGGAGAUUUCAAGCACUGGAACGAUUGGGGAGCCAAUGCACCUCAGAUCCAGUCCGUCCGACGUGUGCGGGACAUGCAGUGGCACAAGAGAGGGUGCUAUAUUGCCACCACCCCUACACCUCCCAAUCCCGCCCCCGCCCCCGCCCCCACCCCCGCUCCCGCUCCCGCUCCCGCCCCCGCCCCCAAUCCAAACCCAACCCCUAAACCUAACCCCAAUCCAAACCCCACUCCCAAACCGAACCCCACUCCCAAUCCUAACCCUGCUCCCAACCCUAAAUCCCAAACUCAACCCCAACCUUAACACCAUCACCUCCUGCACCACCGGGCCAGGCUAAAGGCAGCUGGCCAGUCCCCAGUCUCUCUAUACUACGCCCCCUGUUAGUUUAGACUCUAGAGAAUAUAUAUAUCACCAUGCAAUUUUGGAAAACUGUAACUGACAAUAAUGAAACAUGUUAAUUUGUUGGAAAUAAAGGUUUGGCCCUGA